AUGUUGAUAGAUAAUUAAUUACUACAUAAUCAUAAUCAUGUACAAAUCAAACAAAAACGAUAAGCCCCUAAAACAGAAAGACUAUCAUUAAAAUUGACAAAUGUUUCUCCUGUUCGUAGUUUUCAUUAAACUGAACGUGAUCAAUUGGAAUAACUUAUUAAAUAAAGUAUUUAAAAUCCAAAGAACAUAAAUGUAAAGUAUAAUAAAUUAUUUAAUAUAGUCACUUUUAAAUGAAUUUUUAUAUCGAAAAUAAGAAGAAAGUAGAGCAAGAGUUUUUUCACAACCUCAAAUAUAAGCUGGAGAAUGUUCCCCUUAUAAAAAAAUAAUCAAAUAGAAAGCUACUAGCAGACCAAAUAGCAAAGAAAAACGAAUAGACACAACUCCUAUUUCCCCUAACAGUUCACUUCCAUUUAAAAAAUAAGUUACUCUUCAUAUAGAAUCAACAUAUUUAUAAAAAAAGUAAACAACUAUUUCUAAACUAUCAACCAAUGAUUUAAUUUAAUAUCACAAGCAAUUAAUUUAAAGAGCUUAAAAAAUGCUACCUUAUGCAUAACUUAAGCGAUCAACAAAAUGA